AUGCCUGAUUAUCAUUUGGUUGUGCUAGUGCACGGAAUCUGGGGUAACUCUUCCCACAUGCUGUAUUUGGCUGAUCAGAUCCAGCGCCAGUCCAAGGCUGCCAAUGCUUCGGAAAGCGUGGUGGUUUAUAAAACGGGCUCCCAUUCGGGGUAUAAGACGUAUGACGGUAUUGACGUGAAUGGGAAACGUGUGGCAGAUGAGAUAUUUGCUGAAACCUCCAGGCUUAAUGAUUCGGGUCUGGGCAAAGUGACCAAAGUAUCUGUUAUCGGGUACUCUUUGGGAGGUUUGAUGUCUCGUUACGCUCUUGGAAUCUUGUACCAUCACAAGUACUUUGAAGAUGUGCAGCCGGUGCAUUUUGUCACCUUCUGUACGCCCCACGUUGGCACCAACAGUAUAAGCUCGUCGCUAUCGUCUAAGAUCUUUAAUCUCGUGGCUCCAUACGUGUUGGUGUACCUGGGCCAGCAGAUGUUUUUGAACGAUAAAACUGCUGUGGUGGGUAAUGACGAUAAGUUGCCUUUGCUUGUGUGGAUGGCUGACUCUAAACUGCCGUUUUAUAAGGCUUUGGCACGUUUCCAACAUCGGUCGCUUUACGGUAAUGCUAUCAAUGACAAAAGAACCAGCUGGUAUACCACAUUCAUCUCCAAUGUCGAUCCUUUUAAUACCAUGGUUAACGAAUCGCUUAGUGCCUACAACUUGGAGUAUAUCCAAGGCUACGACCCUAAUGUCAUUGACUUUACCAAAUCUAUUUCGUUCAGCAAGAUCGUCAAGCCUAAUAAACAGAGAGUGAACCCUAAGCGCUGGGCCUAUAAGGCAUUCGUAUGGGCUAAGGUUUUGGCCUCUUUGAUUGUCAUUACGCCCGUUUACUCCAUUUACCUUUUGAGCAAUGCCAUUUGGCAAAGAGUUCAGCUCAAUAGAAGAAUCCGUAACUUCUACAAAGAAAGCCCCAACAGUCUUGCAGUGUUGUAUGACUUGGUUGAUAACGAGAAGGACCUUGAAAAUGGUCCUACUUUAACCAAGAAGGAAUUCCAGGACUUGGAGAAGCCAGACCUGGAUCAUGAAGAAACAUAUUUCGAAGCUAUUGAAGAGAAGAUGCAUGACAGAGCUGAGGUCUUUGUUGACUCCAUCUUUAAAGCUGUUGACAGUGCCAGUUACUAUGACUACCACUACAGUGUGGCCAAGAAGAGAUCGCCAUUGUCCAGACCAUCAUCAGAGGAAAACCUCUCCAGUGAAGAAGGAAAGCUUCUUCCGAAGCCAGGCUUGGUGAACUUAAAGGGCAAAGAGGUGAAGAACGACUUCAAACUCAAUUUCAACUGGAAGCAAGAAAAGAUUGUCGAGGGCUUGAACACUCUUCAAUGGGACAAAUACCCAGUAAUCAUCAGAAACACAAAGGCUACACACGCUGCAGUGAUUCACAGGCACAAUGAUCCCACUUUUGCCGAGGGCAAGGUGGUGGUGCGCCACUUUAUCGAACAGGUUUUCAGGUUAUAG